AUGGCCGCUCAAGUCACUCCCUCGAAACAGGCUGCUUCCUCCCUCGAGAACCUCAAGAUGAGCGAUUCACCUAUUAAGAAGCUCGACUUCCAGUCGACUGGCAAAGAGAACGCGCCCGCGUCUCUGAAGCCCGUCGAUGCCCCCAUUGAGAAGCCCACCGAGAAGGCUCUCGCGUCCAAGCCUCUGACCAUCAAGGAGAUGGAAGCGACAGAGCCCCUCCUCCAGGAGAACCCCCACCGUUUCGUCAUGUUCCCUAUCAAGUACCACGAGAUCUGGCAAAUGUACAAGAAGGCCGAGGCUUCUUUCUGGACCGCCGAGGAGAUCGAUCUUUCCAAGGAUCUUCACGACUGGCACAACCGCUUGAACGACGAUGAGCGUUACUUCGUCUCCCACGUCCUCGCCUUCUUCGCCGCCUCCGACGGUAUUGUCAACGAGAACCUUGUUGAGCGCUUCAGUGGAGAGGUUCAGAUCCCCGAGGCCCGUUGCUUCUACGGCUUCCAGAUCAUGAUGGAGAACAUCCACUCUGAAACCUACUCUCUGCUCAUCGAUACCUACAUCAAGGAGCCCAAGCAGCGUACCUACCUCUUCGAUGCUAUUGACACUAUUCCCUGCAUUGCUAAGAAGGCCAACUGGGCCCUCCGCUGGAUCAACGACCGUGAGUCAACCUUCGCUUCGCGUCUGGUUGCCUUCGCCGCUGUGGAGGGUAUCUUCUUCUCCGGCUCAUUCGCCUCCAUCUUCUGGCUGAAGAAGCGUGGCCUAAUGCCUGGUCUCACUUUCUCCAACGAGUUGAUCUCCCGUGAUGAGGGUCUCCACACUGACUUUGCUUGUCUGCUGUUCUCCCACAUGAACCACCGCCCCGACCCCAAGGUGGUUGAGGAUAUCAUUGUCGAGGCUGUCGGAAUCGAGCAGGAGUUCCUCACUGACGCUCUUCCCUGCGGCCUGCUUGGCAUGAACGCCAAGCUGAUGUGCGAGUACAUUGAGUUCGUCGCUGACCGCCUGCUGGUGGCCCUCGGCAACAAGAAGUACUACAACGCUACCAACCCCUUCGACUUCAUGGAGUCCAUCUCCUUGGCCGGCAAGACCAACUUCUUCGAAAAGCGUGUCGGUGACUACCAGAAGGCUGGUGUCAUGGCCAGCACCAAGCAGGAACUCAACGCUGAGGGCGAGAAGGUCUCAAACGACGGUGGUCUCAACUUCGAUGAGGACUUCUAG